UGAUCUCUGACUCACGGUUACUUCCUGAUUAUUAGAAUAAACGACGCUUCUCGUUAGAAUAUCGUGACUUUUGCUGCAAUCAAGAGACGUGAAGAUGAUGUGCGGUGGAAUCUGUAAGGUUCUAGAAGCAGAUGGAACAGUCCAGACGAUCUGUGACACUAUGAAGCCCCACGCUGAAGCAAAGGCAGGGAAGAAGUACGACGUGUUCACAGCCAAGUCGUACACGACGCAGGUUGUGGCCGGGACCAACUACUUCAUUAAGGUCCAUGUGGGAGGAGAUGAUCAUGUGCAUCUCCGCGUUUACAAAAAACUGCCAUGUCAUGGAGACACCCUUGAGCUGUCUGAGAUUCAGCAAGGCAAAAGCCACUCCGACCCCGUUGAGUUUUUCUAAAGGGACCACAUGCCAAACAAAGCAUCCUAUCAGUGCCUACAGGCUGUUCAAUCAACUAAUCUCACAAUAACCCGGCUCUGUAUCAAACAAUGUUACCCUACAUCUAAUUGUAUACUGUCUUAGUAGUGUAGCUUAUGAUGUUAGGAGAAUAUCAACUAAUUUUUGUAUGCCGUGAAUGAAUAAAAAAUAAUUGAUUGAA